CACCAAUUUUCGAGAACAAUGGACACAAUGACAUAUGGGUUGUCGGAUCUCGACAAGGGAGGCUUUACCAAGAGUGUAAAGGUCGUCUUGUUCUAUUACAUCCCGGCCACGGUGGACCCAGAGAGGGUGGUUUCCUCUGUAUUCGAGGGAGUGAAGAACGCUACUCGCCAGUUGCCCUUCAUGGCCGGGCAUCUCCAAUUCAACCCAUCCAAAACUCUCUGCAUCGAGACCUCCCCCGAUAGCUCGGUGGAAGUGAGCAUACGCCGGUUCACAAGCACCGAGUGCGAGCCUUUCUCCAUCUUGGCUAAAGCCUCUUUCUCUCCCAACCUGGACCUGACUCGAUUCCUGCCCCAAGAACCAACGCCCACCCACCCCGUCUGCCUCAUCCAAUUGAGCCUCAUCCAGGGAGGCCUGGUCAUAGGGUUCCGAGUCGACCAUGCAGCCGGCGACUGGGUAUCCCUCGACACCUUCAUCUCGCUCGUCUGUCAAAGCAGCAAGGCUCAUCAGGAAGGCCAGGUCAUGCCAGCCUAUACCCCAGACCUGCACCGAGCCCCCUACAAUACUCCGUCACCCGAUGCCACUCUCUCCCAACAAGACCGACUUGCCCAGAUCCCCCUAUUCCACAUCGUGAACAAAUCCCAGUUCCAAUUCAACCCUCCACCUUCCACCCGCGCCGGCAUCUACCGCAUCACAGAAUCCACCAUCCAACAACUCAAAGCUCAAUGCGUCCCUUACUUGGAUGAAGUCGAAUACAUAACCUCCUACGACUGCAUCUCCGCCCUAAUCUGGACAUCCCUCACCCGGGCCCGCCUCCACAUCCAUCCAGACCAAGCCAACACCCCAACCCGCUUCGUCCACCCCAUCGACGUCCGCUCCCGCGAUCCUCACCACAAAACCUCGUCUCGAUACUUUGGCAACGCCGUCAUCGGGACCCUAGCUGGCCCAGUGCCCGCCACCACCCUCAUCUCCAACGGCCUCGCCGCAGCAGCCACCCUAAUCCGUCAAUCUAUUCACGCUAUUGAUAUAAGCAAGAUCGGACACCUGACGGCGUUGCAGGCCUCGCUUGCGGAUACGGAGAUGCUCCUUCCAAAUGCUAACUUUGCAGGCAUGGACCUGUUCAUGAAUACCUGGUAUACGGGGAGCGCAGAUAAGUAUGAUUUGGGAGCUACGGCAGGGCCCGUGGCCUUCCGGGUGCAAGCGGGGGUGCCGGGGGCGUGUGCGAUGAUUCUGCCUAAUUUGGCUGGGGGUGCUACGAGGGUGUUUGAGGUCUUUGUGCAAGCGCCGGUGUCGGAGUAUGAAUGUUUGAUGAAGGAUAAGGGGUUUUUGGAUUAUUUCGAACAUGUUGCGUGAGUGUUUAUGAUCAGCGUGAAUGCGAAGUUCUUUGCAUAGGUUAUAUAGUAUUACUUGCCUGGACUUGUUUUUAGUUACGGAUGAUCUAUUGAUAUCAAUGUCUUGAGAAUCUGACAAUAUAAAAAAUAGUAUUGAUGACAAUUUAAAUGGC